CCCCACUCUGUACGAUUUGCUACCCAACUCCAUUCUCUAUUUUUGUGCUUCCUUGUGCUGCCAAGCCCCUGACGUAAUGCUCCGUGUUAAUUAUUAGCAUGUGGGAAGCGAUGCCGAGACUCUCCUCUGCUGCUUAAACAAGAGCGACUGACUGCGGGGAGAAAAACCUCGUUAAAAUGGCCAAACACACUGACCCAGAGUGAAGGGGCACCGCUCCCCGUCCCGUCCCGUCCUGUCCUGCGACCAGCUCCAAUGCAACUGCGCCUUUAGAAAGAAAAUGUUCUCUUUGGAAAAUGCCAUCAAGACUAAAGCUGGACAGUCAAUGUAUGCUGGAGGAAAGCUGAGGAAAGUUUUGUGAGCGGGUGGUCAAGUGGUCAGAGGGUUGAAGAGCUUCAAACAGGGAUUGCCUACCGCCAAGCCUAACUCCAAAACACAAGAACAAAGAUGCAAUACAUUGGUACCCACUAGCAAAUAACAUCUCAAAAGGCUGUUUUCUGUCAAACCUCAAGUAAAGGUGAAAGCAAGUGUGUUUUUGGAUACGUCUGCGUGGUGAGUCUCUAUUGAGCUGCAAAGCAUCGCCAUUGGAUUGUGGCCAUCGCUCUCUCUCCCUCUCAACAAACCCAAGUCUUGGUACCGUGAGCCUGGCCAUCAGAUCAUGAUGUUUCGUGACCAGGUGGGAGUCCUCGCCGGCUGGUUUAAGGGAUGGAACGAGUGCGAACAGACGGUGGCGUUACUGUCGCUCCUCAAGCGGGUCAGUCGGACCCAAGCACGCUUCCUUCAACUCUGUCUGGAGCAUUCCUUGGCUGACUGCACCGAGCUGCAUGUUCUGGAAAGAGAGGCCAAUAAUCCAGUGGUGAUCAGUCAUUGGCAGAGUGAGCCGAAAGAACGGGUCAUCUCUCUGGUUCUGACCCACCUGCCUCUCCUCAAACCGGGCAACGUUGAGGCCAAGGUGGAGUACAUGAGUCUCCUGCCGAAGAUCUUGGGCCACACCAUCGAACAUGGCCGGCACUUAGAGGAAAGCAGGCAGCUUCUGUCCUACGCCCUCAUCCACCCCGCAACCUCCCUCGAGGACCGGGGGAACCUCGCCCUCUGGCUCAACCACCUGGAGGAGCGGGCGGCUGCCCGAGGAGCCGGAGACUCCCUUGAGCGCGUGUCUUCAUCUCACCAUGGGCAGCCUCCGCACCUCUACCCCCACCACCAGCGCUACGGGUCUGACGACCGUCUCAACGGCUGGCAGGGCUCGAGGGACUCUGGGCUGGGAAGUUGGCAGCAGCAGCAACAGAGCUGUGAAAACGGGCACCUCUCACUGUACCCAUCAUCAUCCAUGCCCUCCACUAUCAACGCUGUAGGUACAGGAAGUGGGACCAAUACAAUUCUGUCGGGUGGACAGCACAGUCCUCUGCGGCGCUCAGUGUCUCUGACCCCUCCGAUGAGCGGCGGAUCUAACCAGCCUCUGGGGCACGGAUGGCUCUCCCAGGAGGACCUGCGUCCCCGCGGGCCGGCCCCCGACCACGCGCCCAUCUCUCCUCAGAGCAGUGUGGCGUCCUCGGGCAGCGGGGGCAGCGAGCACCUGGAGGAACACGCUGCUGGCCGAAGUACAUUCCAUGAGGAGGGCAGCGGGAUGAGGGAUGUGCCGGCAUGGCUGAAGAGUCUGCGCCUCCAUAAGUACGCUGGGCUCUUCUCCACCAUGACCUUUGAUGAGAUGAUGUCACUGACGGAGCAGCAGCUGGAAGCUCAGCAAGUCACCAAAGGGGCACGGCACAAGAUCAUCAUCAGUAUUCAGAAGCUGAAAGACAGACAAAACGUGCUACGCUGUUUGGAAAAGGACAUUUUGGAGGGAGGGAAUCUACGUGCUCCUUUGCUGGAGCUCCACCAGAUCAUCCAGACGCCUAUUAAAGCCUGCAGCACAGAGGAGUCUUCACAGCGCCACCUGCUGAGCGCUGAGGGGAAGAGCAGCAUCGCCACUUCCCACCUGGCUGGAGGAGAGACGGAGGGCAGCUCCACGUUCAUAGCUGAGGGAGACAUCCCCGCUCAGUUCACUCGCGUCAUGGGCAAAGUUUGCACACAGCUCCUUGUCUCAGGGUCGGAUGAGGAGAACAUCAGUUCCUACUUACAGCUUAUUGAUAAGUGCCUUAUCCAUGACGCCUUCACAGAGACGCAGAAGAAGAGGUUGUUGUCUUGGAAGCAGCAGGUGCAGGUGCAGUUCCGCUCAAUUUCACGGAGAACUCUCCUGGACCUAACAGGACAGAGGAGGAGCAGUCGUUACGGUCAGUCCAACUCCCUCCCAACCACGGGAUGCGUAGGCAGCGGCAUUCCCACACGGAGGACCUUGCGCCAGUAUCAGAUGCGGAGUUUGCCUGGUGUCAGACCGAUCCUUUUGGGUACCACCGGUCUGUUCGGACCAACUCCCCGAAGUGGCAGCAGCACCCCUACGGUCCUGAAGCAGGGAAGACAGGGUUUGUGGUUUGCCAAUCCAGGGGGCAGUAACAGCAUGCCCAGCCGCACUCACAGCUCAGUUCAGAGGACCCGAUCGCUACCCGUCCACACCAAUCCACACACCAUGGCCAUGUUCCAGCAAACCGAUUUACAGGUGCCUGUGACUGAGCCUGACAUCAAUAACCGUUUGGAGUCUCUGUGUCUCAGCAUGACUGAACACGCUCUGGGAGAUGGUGUUGAUCGAACUUCAACCAUCUGAGAGAAGAAAAGAGGGAGCACAGGGAUUCCUGGCAGCAGGGUGAAAGGUCAUCAUAAGGUCACGAGGCCUUCUGCCUAUAACACCCCCCUCCCCUCCACCUGCUAACCUACCAAUGCCAAAUAGCCAAUAGGAGAGGUGGGGCGUGGUCUACACAGUGCCAUUCACCAUUUUCUGAAAGGCUUAACACAAGCAAGUUCUGUCACCAUGACUUCUUCAGCGUGUUUACAUUCGAGUUAGGGAGAAAAUCACAUCUUCAACACUUCCUUAGAAGAACGCCACAAAGGGUCUAAGUGUCGACAGGCCAUUAGAGGGGGUCCGUAAUGCAGCGCAGACAACUCUGGGAUUUCACACAAAAAAAAAAACAGCCACCAGACGAAACCAGAUCAAGACAUAGUUGCAGAUUCGAUUUCUGUGUCUCUGUGCAGAUGCUAAAAAUAUUAUGUUCUAGCAUGUUUACACGUCAUACUGUCAAUGAAAUCCGAAGUCGUUUUUUUCAGGUGCGAGUGAUGUGAGGACGGUGUACAGCUUUAGGUUCCUAAAUGGCUUCGUAGUUUACAAUCGUGUUUGUAUUUACUGUUUUGUUGUUCUAGUUUUUACUUGUGCCAGUAGGAAAGCUGAUUUACAACACUACAAUGAUGCUAAAGUCAGAGCUACGGAUGGUACUCAGAAGAAAGAGAGGGAAUGUGAGAGCAGCGAUGGGAAAGGAAACAGGAAGUGAUGUCAGUGGAAGGGUCUGUAGAUGGAGCGAGGAAUGUCGUACAUGGAUUCUGAUGUAAGGAACAGUCGAGGGAGAUCAGGAGGUGGAAUACAGGAGAAAUGCCAGUGAAUCCAAGUAGAUGGAAAGGUUGAAGAGGAGCAGGUGAACAUGGAGGUCAGAGGUGAGGUGCGCAGAUCCAGACAGAAUAUGCAGAUAAAUAUAUAGUUGUUUUUUUUAUUUGAAUGUCAUUUUUUAUAUAUAUAUAUGAUUUGAUUUAAUAAAUUAAAAUAUAAAUAAAAUGUAAAAAAUAUAUUUAAAUAAUGGAAUUAAAUUGAAACUAUAUAUAUAUUAUAUUAUAUUAUUAACUAUUUUCAGUGGAAGAUGUGCUAAACAUGGUCAAAUGUGUUAAACAGACCUUUUAUUAGUGUCUGAAAGGAUACAUAUGCUUGGGAGACAUGCACAACUUCAUGAAUGACUUCAAAUUAUUUUUUAUGCACUUCAUUUUUUUAAAUCUGUAAGUGCACAGCCGUAAAUUGAUGUUUUAGCAAUUUUGGGACAAUUACUUGUGUUGUAUGGAUGUUUUCAGCUAGUUUCUGUGUAUUUGCGAUAUCAAAUGUGUGGUACACAGUACUGUGUCAGUAGACUGUUGGAGCAACAGGGAGAAAUAUACAGUUUGUCACAUGAGGAAAAAACACUAAUGCAUCCGUUUCUAGUACAGAGCUCCAUCAUGUGGUGACACUGUGCAAUAGUUACCAAUAAAUGGGGUUAGGGUCUUUUUUUAUUUUUUACAGUAUUGUCUUAAUAUCAGCCAUUAGUUAAUCAUGCCAGGUAUAAAAAGUAGAACGUUUACAAUAAGAAAUGAGCUUUUAGUUUUGGACUCCAAGUGAAAGAUCUGAUUUUCUGCAUGGGAAGGGUCUGAAAGUUGUUGUUUUUUAUUGUUAAUUGCUUUAAUUGUUUUAAUCCAGGACAUUAAAGUCCCUUGAUGAGGGUGUUCAGUGAUUGUUAAUGUAUCUUAUUUCAAGUUUUUCCUAUAAUAGCUUUGCUUUCCGUGCCCUUGGUGCUGUGAAUCCUUGCUGAAACCAUCAAAAGUGAAUUUGCAAUAGCGUGCAAUAGACUCUUCAUCAGCAACAGGGUGUGAAUCAUAGGACUGAGGGGGAACUGGGGGUCCCGGAAAGAGGAACUGGACUAACAAACUCCGCCCUCUCCUCCAAAUCUCCCACAGUUCCUGUAUUCGCUGGCCUACAACUUGACGCACCUACCCACACCUCAAGUGUUUUUUGCUUUUUGGCUCAUCCAAAGAAACCAGUCAUGAUGAAACAGACAGUAAAGAGGCACUUUCGCAUCCAUUCGGUGGCGACUGACGCGGUUCAAAGCUGCCUAAAAGACAGAAUGUUGACUAUGCAGUGUGUCGGCUUCAUAAGCGACUUGAUGCCUCCAAACUAGUGCUUUUAAAGUGCAUGAAAUGCCUUAAACAGAAUGGUAGCCGGUGUUUUACAAGCAUGUUAGCAAAUCAUCAUGUGGCAUCUUGUGCAUCUUGUUUCUGGAGGUGCAUUAUUUGUGUGUAUUAAGCCACUCGUCACUGCCAUUUGAAAACAAUUAGCAGAUUCAAAUGAUUAUUUAUUCUUUUCUAUUAUUGAUGCAGAGGUUAUUGUAUUCAUUAGAUGUAUUAUUUAAGAUACCUUGUGUAUUAACUUUUUGCUAUGGCUGGUAACCAUAAGUACAUCUCAAAUAACAACCUAGUUAUUUUUUUGACGUUUUGUUUUCCCAAUUUCUUUAUCUAAAAAAAAAACAUACCUGGUAGUCAAAAGACAUAUCAGUUUUUUGUGUUGUUUUUUUUUAAUGUUGCUGUUUCCUUUCUUUCUUGUGUCUAUAAAUGCUUAUAUUUUGCUUACUCUGCCCGGAUUGUGUAUUUUAAACUCUAAGAUAUAUUUUUUUUUGUCACACGUUGUAAACAGCCAGUUGUCUCUAUCUCUUUCUCUCUCUCACUCACUCACUCACCUUGAGAUUUCGCUGUUAUUCUGUUUUUCACCUCAGCUGUUACGGUGUUUAAUGCCAAAUACUUACGGCGUAGCGUCAUUGCGUAGUUCUUUUUCGAAGAAUGCUUCUCGCUUGUGAUUGGAUAUCGAAGAAUGACGUGUGUUCAGCUGUAUUUAUUGCGUGUUAUUUCCAAAUGCGCUUGACUGCAAACCUGCAGCAAAAUUACAAUGCUGUAACAAUGUUAACAUUUACAUGCUGCCUUGGUAUUCCGAAAAAUAAAAAUAAACUAACGUUUUAACGUCGACAAUAUUUUUUUGUUGUUGUUGCAUUUUUUUAUUUUAUUUUUUUGUAAAAGGUUUUGCUCGUUAGCAUAUCGGAACUCUGAUGCUGAUCGAUUUUAUUUUAUUUUUAUUUGUUGUUUUUUCCCCUUCUAUUCUGAAGGGUCUUGCUUUACUACGCUCUGUGAAUUUUUUUCUUUUUUUCAAGAGCCGAUGUCCUGUAUUGACUGCAGGCUGACGUACAUAUACAUAUACAAAAUAUAUAUUUUAAAAGAAUCUUAUCUUUAUGAAACGAUAAAACCAAAUAAAAACCGAGAAAAAUAAAUAAAUAAAAACACGGAGAAAAAAAAAAGCUAAUUUAUAUUUUAGAGAUGCAUGCAAGAGGCUGGGAAGUCAUAUCUUGAAUAACAAAUGGCAGUGCCUUUUUUUCGUAUUGUAUUGUAUUCAGACAUUUAACACAAAUGUAAAUGAUUUUAUAUGGCUCUAAAAUAUAGAAAUAAGUAAGACGCAUUGAUGGUCGAAACUUUAAGUCAUACAAAUUCCAUACGAGCUGAUUGUGAAGCGUUUGCUGGUAGUUCAUGGGGAUCUGUAUGCUUUAGGUACUUCAGUGCUGUUAUGAAGUUAUGAUUAUAUCUGUCUGUACAACACAGAGAUGUGUAUAUAUUUUUUGUUUGUAUGUGUGCAAGAAACCGGAUCGUCUUGUAAUUUUUGUACAUAUACUUUCUUAGUUGCAUCAUAACAUGAUGUUUUCAUCAGAGGUUGUUACCUGUGACGUCACAUCUCGUGUCACGUCUCUCUGCUCAUCUUAAGCGCAGGUUUUAAACAUCUUUAAUGAAAUAAACAUGACUUUAGACAAUAAAGAGAGGGAUUCUGUAAUCUCUUUCCCUCUUUUUUUCGUGGCCAUGUGCGUGUGUGUUUGUACUUUAAUGGGAGAUUAUUGUACUGUUUGUGUGUCUGUGAUGUUAUGUCCGCCAACUGAAUGUGUUUUUGUCUGUUUCGUUGGGUCUGUGUUAAAUGCUUGACAUCUUUGUAAUAACCACAGACAAAAAGUAUUAAAACGUAACUUUUGAAAAGGA